AUGAAGAUUUUUGUAGUUUUGGUAAUAUUUGUGGCUGUUGAGAUGGUCAAACUAGAGAAAAGUGUCAAAGAGAAGUUUUCAGACUGGAUGUCCAACAACAAAAAGUGCUCCCUCAAACCCACAGAAAUAGAAGCUCAGUUCACCAACUUUGUCACAGAACUCACAGUAGUCUUAAAUCAAGAAGCAAAAUUCUUAUCAGGAAGGUCAUUAUUCCGAAUGAGACUCAACAACAGAUCCAGUGACUCUCUAGACGAGAAGAAGACAUGGCUUGGCUUGAAAGUUUGUGAUUCUUUGAGUGGAGAAAUGACUGGUGCCAGAGAUUUUGAAUUGGAACUGAGUCCAGCUCCUGAUUCUGUUGAUUAUAGAGAGUUGGGGUAUGUGACUGAAGUGAAGGAUCAAGGAAACUGCGGUUGUUGCUAUGCAUUUGCAUCGAUGUGUGCUCUGGAAGGUCAAAUGGCUAAGAAGUAUGGACAACUAAGUUCAUUGUCUGAACAAAACAUCGUUGACUGCUCUAAAGGAUCAUAUGGUGGGAAUUGGGGAUGCGAUGGUGGCUUCGCAGAACCAACUUUUCAAUACAUCAUCGACCAAAAUGGUGUCGACAGUCUUGACUCGUACUCAUAUGAAGAUGGUGAAGGAACUUGUCGAUACAAAUCCAAAAACUCAAUCGCUAAUGUCUCCGGAUAUCACAGAAUUAAAGGAGAUGAGGAAUAUUUAAAGCAGGCAUUGGCUGAAGUCGGUCCAUUGGUUGUUGGAGUUAAAUCUGAUUUGUACACAUUUUAUGGAUAUUCUGAAGGAAUUUAUGAUGAUGAGGAGUGCUAUGGCGGGGUUAAUCAUGCAGUUUGCUUAGUUGGUAAGGACAAAGUUGUAGUUUAG